UAUAAACAAAAGACCAAAAGUUAAGGUUAGGAUUUGCGGCAAUAAUGUUCUCCCGCGUGACAAAUUUAUUAUUGUGCACUGGAAAAGGAUUAUAUAAAUCAUCAUAUACCUGUUCAUGUAGAAUAAUACAAUCAGAACCUCUUUACAAGAAAAGAACAUUUUGUAGUAAAAACAAAGACGAGAAGUUAGAGAAACAUGAAUUUGAAAAUGAUGAUUUGCAACAUAACCCCACUUACACAGUCAGUGAAAAAUAUAAAGUUUUCCGUGAUGAAGAUGCACCGGUUGUUUUCGAUGUAGACGAGGAGAAAACUAAAAUAAAUCUUGCUGAUCUUGAACUUGACGAAGAAUUUGUCGAUUCUUAUGAAGGCUUAAAUUUAACGCGAGGAAUCAGUGGUGUUUAUGAAAUUGAAGAUCUACUUGAAGUUUUAAAAAAGGACAAUGCAAAAGAUAUUUUUGUUGCUUCUGUACCACGAGAAUUUUCAUACGUAGACUAUAUUGUUGUAGUAACAGGAAAAACACAGAGACACAUGUUAGCUCUUGCAACCUUUGUACGCAAAGUUUAUAAAUUAAAAAUGCACAGUGGUGACAGAAUUCCAAAACUUGAAGGCGAGAGGUCUAAGGAUUGGAUAGCUUUAGAUUUAGGAAAUAUCGUUCUACAUGUAUUUUCCCAAAAAGCCAGAGAAGUAUUUGAUUUAGAAAGUUUGUGGUCCGUUGGCGCAAAAUAUGACGACCAGAUCAAUUUCCAAGAUCCACAGUCGGAGAUUUUUGAAAAAUACGAUGCUUUCCUGAAAGAACUACAGCCAGCUGAUGGUUAAAUACAAAUUGUUUCUUUUCUAAUUAAGGUAUUUGAUUAUUAAUAAAAUAGUUUACAAACAA